AUGGGUCCUGAAAUCAAAUGGCUUGAAAACUACUGUUUAAGAAGCGACCGCAAAGUAACGACCGGCACCUACCACCACCUACUGCCCGAUAGUCGUGUUCAAAUCGUGACCUACAAAGCUGAUGGCUACGGAAACACGGCUGAUGUCAAGUACGAGGCGAAGCCAAGUAUCCCGCUGCCUCCUACUCCGCACUGGCUUACUCCGCACCUGCAUUCUCUGGCUGUCCUAUCCCCUGCUUUCAUCUCUCCUCAGGUCACCGCUCCUGCCUUCACCUCUCGUACUUACUCCGCACCAGUUUUUACUUCUCCCGUCACCGUUCCUGGCCACCCUGCCCAACCCAGCACUGUUCCAGCAACCGGAUCCAUCUACAUGACUUCCGGUAACGCUGCUUGCGACCACUAA